GGUAUUCUAACCUAUCGAAUUACAGUCACACUGCGUUGACUUUCAGAUUUUUUGACAAAAUAUUUAGAAUAUACCAAAAUAAUUACCGCGAGCAGUUAUUAAAGACUGUUUUUUUGGCGCUCUUGUUUCAAAGAAGUAUUUUUGAGCAACUCCGACAAACUGCAGCGCCGAAAGCAGGGCUCCAUGAUGAAGGUCAUUAAGCAAGAGGAGGACAAGAAGGUGAAGCGACUGUACCACCAACGAUAUCGCACCGAAUGGGAAAAGUACCCGGCGUUCUCCAGCUGGCUUGGCUCCAGCAACGACGGCUACUCGGCGCACUGCAGGAUCUGCGACACCAAUGUCCUGGCCAGGUUGGCCUCCAUCAAGCAGCAUCUGGUCACGCGCAAGCACCAGAACAUGGUAAAGGGUGAGCUCUGCAAGAGGGAGCACGAUCCGGAUCUGGAGGCUUCUAUUGUUCCACCCGAUCAAAAAAACAAACCACUAGUCAAACCGAAGCCCAAGCCCAUUCCCAAGUUUAGGAAGAAGGGUCUCACAAAGGUCAAAGCCGAGCCAAAGAUGGAGAAAAUGGAGACGGAGGAGGAGGAUGAGGAAAUUGGCUCCAACGACUCAAUCCUGGAUGAUCUGCUGAGGACCGACCAGGGACACUACCAGGAGGAGGAACAGGAGUUUGUGGUUGAAAACGAGCUCGUCGAUGAGCAACCGCGCGAGGAUGACGAAGUACACGAGGUGGUCUACGAGGAGGAGCUUAUUGGCCUUAAGGACACCGACCCGGAGAUACACGACUCCUUUCAAGAUGACGGCUUGUCCGAGGAGGGCGUGCUGAGCGAAUUUGACCUGUUCGGCAAGAGCCUGGCCCUGCAGCUGAACAACAUGGAACUGGAGGACGCGCUCCUGUGCCAAGAGCGGCUGCAGGUGGUGCUCACCGAGUUCCGCCUGAAGCUGAUCAAGCGCAAGAAGGAGUUCAAACGCAAUCAUUAGGCUUAGAUUUUAUAUCAAUUUACGUUGUCUUAUGUACAUAGAAUAAUCUUUUUAACAACUAAAUAAAUUACUAUUCCGACUCUA